CUCUACUAUCCAUCCAUACAAGAAUCCACCACAGCCUAUGUACAGAUACCUGUAUAUAUAUUCCAUUUCCACCUAAACAAACUUUUCUCUCUCCUCCUCUUUCUUCAAUGGCAACUCCCACCGAAUCUCAAUCCUCCCUUCAAGCAUCAAAACCCACAAUUCCUUAUAACGUCGACGAUAUCGAACAACAACAAACAACCGAACCAGCUGGGCUCGAAAUCGAGGUAAUCGAUUACUCUUCUCGAGCUCAGUGGCUCAGAGCCACCAUUUUGGGAGCAAACGACGGUUUGCUCUCAACGGCGUCUUUGAUGGUCGGAGUCGGAGCCAUCCAAAAGGACCUCAACACCAUAAUGCUCGCUGGGAUUGCCGGACUUGUCGCCGGUGCUUGUAGCAUGGCUAUUGGAGAAUUCGUGUCUGUUUACUGCCAGUAUGACAUAGAAAUGGCUCAGAUUAAGAUGGAUGUCACUAGGGGUACCACUGGAGAUGUAAUUAUAAGUGCAAGUGAAAUUGAGAAGAGGAAGAGGAAAUUGCCGAGUCCGUUCAAGGCAGCGAUCGCCUCUGCGGGGGCUUUUGCAUUGGGGGCGUUUGUUCCUCUGCUGGCUGCGGCGUUCAUUAAGGAGGAUUAUUACGUGAGGUUGGGAGCGGUGGUGGCAGCUGUGAGCUUAGCGCUGGUAGGGUUUGGAGGUGUGAGCGCGGUGUUGGGGAGGGCGCGGGUGGUCAAACCUUCACUUAGGGUUUUGGUUGGCGGGUGGUUGGCCAUGGGGGUUACUUUUAGCUUAACCAAGUUGGUUAAUGAUCUCGCUGGAAUCUAAUUAAUUAAAAUCAAUAUCGAUCACUACUGUUAUAUAUAUAUAUAAUACUAGCUGCAUUAAUUUUAUA